GGGAGUUGUAGUCUCCUCGGGGGCUCACGAUGCGAGGCCUCGGAGGCUCUGACUCAAUCGGGACCCAAUCCUGGGAGAGCGAGUUCACUCUCUGAGCCCUGAUUGGAUGAUCGGCCCCAGAGCCCCUCCCUCGAGGCAUACUAAGCCUGCCCGCGGGACUGCGGGUGAAGUUAGGGCUAGGCGGAGGCUGAGAGCGCCUUCUUUUGGCAUCUUCCCACGUUGGCCCGGGCCCCACGGGAGUCUCGCUCGUCGCGAUGGCCGACUAUGCGCCGCCUUUCCAGGGUCUCACGGAAGAGGCCGCCCUGAGUUUCUGCUCCGACCCAGACCCCAGCACCAAGGAUUUCCUGUUGCAACAAACAAUGUUAAGAAUAAAGGAUCCAAAAAAGUCACUGGAUUUCUACACGAGGAUUCUUGGAAUGACACUACUCCAUAAGUAUGAUUUUCCCACUAUGAAAUUUUCACUCUACUUCCUGGCUUUUGAAGACAAAAAUGACAUCCCAAAAGAUAAAAGUGAAAGAACAGCUUGGACGUUUUCCAGGAAAGCUACACUUGAGUUAACACACAACUGGGGCACUGAAAAUGAUGAGAACCAGGCUUACCAUAAUGGCAAUUCAGACCCUCGGGGAUUUGGCCACAUAGGAAUUGCUGUUCCUGAUGUACAAGGUGCUUGUAAAAGAUUUGAAGAAUUAGGAGUAAAAUUUGUGAAGAAACCUGAUGAAGGCAAAAUGAAGGGAUUGGCAUUUAUUCAAGAUCCUGAUGGCUACUGGAUUGAAAUUCUGUCUCCUACUCAUAUGAUAACCCUCACUUAGUUUUGCCAGAACACUACAGUUCUGAGAUGUUUUUAGAAGACAUUUUGAAAACAAGGAGCAAUGUGCGUCAAGGUUCUAGACUAAAGGAAGAAUGCAGUAUUUACAUAGUCCUCUCUCCACUUGAAAUUUGUUCUUUAGUUCUAUUCAUGACCCAUUUUGGGCUCUAUUUUACAUUUACUGUUCAUGUUUUAAAGCAUUAUGUGUCUUCCACUAGUUGAAAUACUAUAAUUCCAGCUCUGUCCUUGAAUGUAGUCACGCAUCUUUGCCUUUUAUAUAAUAAUUAGUACAAUUCCUCCUCAGAGGCUGAUUUUGAAUUAGCCUUUUAUGCUUCCUGAACAUCACUUCUCUUUGCCUCUUAACUUUUGUUUAACCAUCAUUUUCAAAAAAGCAUUUAAUGUGCUUGUGUUGUGAUGUCUUCUGAGAUUUAAAUGCCCUAGAAAUAACUUUUCAUGAUAGAAAGUAGGGGAGGGUGCACACCUUGAAAUUUAAUGUGAACUACAAAUGGAAAAAUUGGAGAAUUUAGUAUAAAGUUUUCAUUGUGUUCGAGCAGAUACCGUGAGAUGCAACUUUUAAAAAUCUCAUCAGGUUGAUAAGGAUGCUAGUAUAAAAGUAUUUUUAAAAUUGUUAUAGAAGCUUUUUGAGAUAAGUGGAAACUUUAUUCUGUUUAAGGUAUUUUUCAUGUAAUCAAGACCUCAGUGAUUCAUUUUUUUUGAAGCUGUACUUUUGAGAUCAUGCAUCUGAAAUUAGAAACUUAAAAUAUAUCGUGAUAAGUCUUCCACAUUUAAAUGUACCAUUAGAUAAAGUGGAAAUUUUUUUUCUUCAGCUCAUGGUCAGAUUCCUUAUGAAGAGCUUCCUUCAGUAUUGCUAGACUGGUCUUCAGGCCACAGACAUAAUCUGCCAACUGGGCCCAUAUUUAAAGUCUUUCGCUCUUUCCUCUGGAACUGUCUAAGCUUAUGUUCUGCUUGUAUAGACUUCGGGAAGCCAGAGUUGCCUCCAUACCAAAAUAAAGAAUUAGAAUAAAAGGCUACUUACGUUAUACUGGUUGUAAAUCACACUCAAUGAUCGCUCAACACAGAAUUUAAUUAACACAGGAACUGCUAAUUAGCAAACGCCUCUGCUAAAUGUACUUCCCUAUCAAACUGACAUCCAUUUGAUCUAUUUUUAAAAUAUAGCUGGUCUUUAAUGUUCAUUAUGGUCCUAUAGUACAAAAAUGCAAUUUCACUUAGCAACAUACAUUUUGCAAAAUGUAAUGGAUCCCUGUAGGCCAUCCCAGUAAUGACUGCGCUCAUCCCACAUAUCCAGUCUAUUGUCAGACCUUGACAUUCCCACCUGUACAACAUCUAGUAUGUAUCGGCUUUCCUCCAUUCCCACACUCACAAUUCUUAUUCAGGCCCUUAAUCACCUCUCACCUAGACCGUUGCAGCUGCUUUCUGGUUAGUCCCCUGCCUCAGUUCUUCCCCUCUUCCACCCCCCCCACCUACUCAGUGAGCUCCAGUGGCCCCUUAUUACCUCUAGGAUAACACUGGCUUUUUACCUUCAAAACUUGGCCACUCUCCUCACUUCCAGAUAUUCUGUCGUUUCCUCAAACACUAUCCCAGUGCACAGACUCUGUGCCUUUGCAUGAGCUUUCCCCUCCACCUGGAAUGGUCUACCCCCUUACCUCUGCCUCUUAGUUUACUUGAACUACUUUGAGACUCAGCUGAAAUUUCCCACUUAAUCCAAGAGGUUUUUCCCGUUUCAUCCAUCUUACAUCCUCUCUUCCAAGAUUACAUCUGCUCUCUUGGUCUUGGCUCUACCUCCUUGUUUACUUAUCUCCCCCAAUAGAAUGGAAGCUCCUUGAGGGCAGGGACUGUGAUUUUUGCAUUCAGAACAGUGGCUGGCAUGUCAGUAAGCAUUUAAUAAAUGCUUCUUGACUUGCUAGAAGCACUUUACAAUGGCUAUUUGGGCUGAAUAGAUCUAUUAAGUAACUUUUAAGUUAGUACUGUAAAUUCAAUUAGAAUUUAAUUUCAAAUAAAAUUGCAUUGACUUUA